GUAAAGUUCUAUUCACAUGGCACACAUCGAGGAUCUGCGUGCUUAUCCCCGUUUAUAAGUAAGUAGAAUAUCACAGCUUAGGCUUGUGAUCUUGCAUUCGACGACUUCUGCUGUCCAACUGAAAGAGGUUGGUAUUUUUAAUAGAUCAUUGUUAAGCGAUCAUUUUAAGUCAGCACCACCGUCGAAGGAGGCAGAUCAUCGUUUCCAGUCGUACCAUUCGUCGUUGGCAUUUGGUUGUUAAGAGAGUGGCCUUUGGGCGUCACUUAAAGUUCUCGACUGUUCGUCACGCGCCAGCGCGGGCACCGACAUAAUUGUUCAAAAUUUAUUGUUUCAGUGUCGGAUCUUCAGUUCCGGCGUACCCCAGGGACGGAUCUGCAAGAUGGAUAUCAUAUCACAGCUACAGGAACAAGUAAAUACAAUUGCAGCUCUUACUUUCAACACCUUUGGUACACUUCAGAGGGACGCCCCUCCUGUGCGUCUGUCACCUAAUUAUCCGGAACCUCCUCCUGUCAAUCCGACAGAAGACUCAAUCAAUGUUGCAGAACAACCAAAGCAGAUGAGCGCUGCUUUUGUUAAGGCUGCCAAGCAGUUUGAUGCGUUGGUUGCUGCUCUUCCUUUAUCAGAUGGGGGUGAAGAAGCCCAACUGAAAAGAAUUGCAGAACUCCAGGAUGAGAACGAUGCAGUUGGCCAAGAACUUCAAAAACAACUGGAAGCUGCAGUUUGGUGAUGUAGAGAAGGAGCUAAAGCAGGUCAAGGAGCUGUUCAACCAGGCGACAGAUAACUGCCUGAACUUAAAGAAGCCAGAGUAAAAAAUAUGUCGGUUCACGGAUCUAAGGAGCCCAUUCCUUCUGGGAUAUGCCUUGGAGGAACAACAAAUUGCCUGUGUCAGUUGUUCUUAUGGGUACAUUUACUAACUGGCGUGUUCUGACAUUUCCAUUUUAAGUUCUUGGCACUGCUGGAGAAAAGCAUACAAAUGUAUCUGGUUUAGAUCUUUGUGUAUUUAGAAUGAGAAGAGAAUCAGCAGUUAUUUGUCUCACAUUCCUUUAUAUUAGCUUCUUCUGUGACGUGAGUACUAUUUGGAAGUUGGUUAAUUUCUCUGCUCCAGCACUUUUCUGUUAUAAGAAAAUGUUGCAAUUACAAGAUUGCAUCUUCUUCCUAAA